AUGUGUUCUAUUUCUUUGAAAUACUCAUUUACGUCUGAGCUCUCUGAGACAGCAGGGCAAGAAGAGCCGCAUCAUCAGCGAAUUUUGUGAAGGAGCAACAAGAACUAUCGGAUUGAAAAUCAUUGGUGUACAAAAUGAACCACAAUGGCGAUGUCACAGCCUCCUGGGGCGCCCCUGUGUUAACUAUGCGUUCAUUAGAUAUAACAUUGUUUACCCUAACCCUCUGAGCUCUCUGGGUCAAAAAUUCAUUAGCCCAUAGUAUUAUGUAUGGACUAAUCUGCAACGCUUUCAUCUUUUCAAUGAGUAAAUGAAGUUGUAUAGUGUUGAAAGCUGAUGAGAAAUCAAUAAAGAACAAUCUUACAUAAGUGUUCGGAAUGACACACAUGCUGAAUAAUUUGGUUAUGCAGGGUGGCCUGCUUGGUUUCUAUUUAAUACUAAGAUCUUUCUCGAUCCAUGAUGUCUGAGAAGCUGUAGGUAGUGUGGUAGAGAGUGGUGAAUGAAAUCAUAUUUGUUGCAGUGAUUUGAAAUGGGUUUUUACAAUUGAGCACCUGAUAUGGAUGUUCUGAAACCAACCAUUUUACAAAUCGGCAACAGGCUUUACAGGAAAAAUUAUCUUAAAGAGAGUGAGAGUUAUAAUCCUGAAGAUGAACAACUGUAUUCUGAAGGUCCCAUCACUGAUUGUCUGGAUAGAGAUGAGCUGUGUGACAGCUCGCUAGAGAUUGUGGAGACAAAGAGAGGGCUGAGUCUGUCACUAGAAGUCCCGAACUUCUUUUAUAAGUUUAUCAUUGGGAAAAAAGGAGAAACCAAAAGGCGUCUAGAGACAGAAACCCACACACAGAUACUGAUUCCUAAAAUGGGAGAUACACAUGAAACAGUUGUUAUCAACGGCACUGACAGAAAAGGAGUUAUAUCUGCCAAGACAAGGAUUGAUGUUUUAGUGGACUCUGUACGCCAACGACAGCCGUUUACACAUUUUUUGUCUAUUCCUGUCUGCACAGAACACAUUUGUAAGAGAUUUGAAGAUUUCAAAGCCGAAGUGUUAGAAAAAUUCAGUGGGGACAGGGGGUUUGAUGCAAGUCUAUUUCAGAAUCCUAAAAGGCUUCACUUGACCCUAGGGACUCUUGUGCUUCUCAGUGAUGCUGACAUAAGGAGAGCCACCAACUUGUUACUGGAUUGUGACCAAGAAAUAAUAAAACCCACACUACAAGACAAAAGUCUGACAGUACAGAUUUGUGGGCUUGAGUAUAUGAAUGAUGACCCCACUGAGGUUGAUGUCCUUUAUGCCAAGGUUCAAAAAGGAGAAGCAUGUAAAAGGUUACAAACUAUUGUGGAUUACAUAGCAGAAAAACUAUGCAAUUCUGGUUUAAUGAAGAAAGAGUAUGACAGAGUUAAGCUUCAUGUGACUGUCCUCAAUACACUGAUGAGGAAAGACCCCACUGGAAUUUUCGAUGCUGCAAGGCCAGGGACAAAAUUUAGGGAAUCUUUUGAUGCCAGUGGAAUGCUUAGGACAUUCAAAGAUUUUGAUUUUGGACCAUUAUGUGUUGACAGCAUACACCUAUCUCAGCGCCACACUACCAGUAAAUCUGGAUAUUAUGAAAGUGCCUCUAUUAUAGAGUUACCAUAAUUUAUAUUUGUUAUCAUCAGCUGCAACAAAUUUGUUGCAUGUUAUUUUAAAAUUGUAAUAAAACUAAACUAUU